GAUGUGUUGUACGAAAUGAUAAUUAUAGUCAGUAGGUAGGUAGUUGUAAUAUUAGCAUACAUCGAGUUAUUGUGAGUUAUUAUGUACAGACUGCUCAUAAUUAUUGUUUACAGUAACACAUAUUUAGAUAUGAACUGAGGUUUUUUGAUUAGAUACCUAUCUGUAUUGCAAUGGAAGGCGGUGAUAUUUUCAUACAAGAUUUUAUAAACGAUCUCCAAGAAUCUCCUGAGAGCCAAAUUCAAAAAUGUUUUCGUGGUUCUUGUAUUCUCAUUACUGGCGGAACGGGUUUUGUCGGGAAAGUCUUAAUUGAAAAACUUUUAAGAUCAUGUCGUGAUUUGAAUACAAUUUAUUUGGUCGUGAGACCACUGAAUGGUCGAAAUCCGAAUGAAAGGGUCAAAGAAAUGUUUGUUAGUCCGUUUUUCGAUCGCAUGAAAAUUGAAAAUCCAACAUAUCGUAGCCAAGUGCAAGUGGUGAGGGGUGACUGUUUUCAGCCGAACAUUGGCGUGGACGAGGCUGUCUUGAACAGGAUCGCGCCCAAAAUAAAUGCUGUCAUACACCUUGCGGCGGCGACUACGGCCGAAAAUCACCUCUACUGCAUGUUGCAAACGGCUGUCUUUACCAACGUUCGGGCUACCAGAGACUUGGUUGUUCUGACGAAGAGUUUUAAAAAUCUCAAGGCCUUUGUUUACUUGUCGUCCGUGUUCGCCAAUCCCUCAGUUUUGGACGUGUAUGAACAAUUUUACAACUCCCCGAUACCCACGUCCACCGUCAUCCAGAUGGCCGAAACCUUUCCCGAUUACAUCCUGAACCGAAUGACUUCGGGACUCGUGUCCGAAUGGCCGGACGUGGUUACGUUUACCAAAGCUUUGUCAGAGCAGAUCAUUCAGUCGGCCGGGCCAGAGCUACCCGCGUGUGUCAUACGACCAGGGUUUGUCUUGGGCACUGCUUACGAACCCAUUGCUGGUUGGACGAACGAUUUGAACAACUUGACGGGUUGUGCUCUGGGUUCCGGUCUCGGCCUGGUAAGGGUUUUUCACGGGCCCAGCUGCGUCAACGCCGAAAUCGUACCCGUCGACAUGUUGGUCAAUCUUAUGCUGGUGGCAUGCUGGGAUUCAAUUGGCAACAGGACGGACGUUGUCAAUGAGGAAGUUCCCAAAGACGCAGUCAACACUUUGAUUUACAAUUACGCUUCGUCUAAUUUUAAACCUUGCUCUUGGAAUCAGUUGGGAGAAAAGUUUUUUAAGAACGAAAAAAACGUUUCAUCGCCAAACUUUUUUUGGAUGCCGUUUUAUUAUGUUACCAAUAGCAUAUUUAUCUAUUGGAUAAUGACAUUUUACUUACACACUGUGCCGGCGAAAGUUGUGGAUCUGUUCAUUUGGCUUAUAGGAAAAGAACCCAGACUGAACGAGUUUUAUAAACGAGUGCACGCAGCAGCUAACCAUUUGAGUUCGUAUCAACAGAUGCACGUCAGGUACCACAAUCACAACGUGAUAAAUUUAAUGAACAAAUUGUCGCCGAGGGACAAAAUAUUAUUUGAUUUCGACAUGGGCACGCUGUCGUGGGACGACUAUUUCGAUAAGUAUCUGAAGGGCCUUCGGGUAUAUUUGAUGGGAAAUCCUUUGCACAUGCCCGAAACGAAAUAUAAUAGCACACUGAACAGGUUGAUAACCAUUCAUUACAAUUUUAUAAUAUCUAUAUGUGUCGUCGUUGUAUUGUACUCAAUAUUUUUUUAUUAUUAAAUAAAUGUAUGUACACUGUAGGUGGAACAUAUUAAAAUAUGUAUGGUUUCAAUAUAUCUAAUAAUACGAAAAGAAGCAUUCUAUAUACACCUAAACUGUUGAUGUAUAACUUUAGUGUAAUAUAUUAUAAAUCAUUUGUUAUUAUAGUCACUAUAUUAUAAUAUGCAAGCUACACAUUUGUUCACUUAAGUUAACUAUUAUCAACACUUAUGUUAUACGUGUAAGUAAUAUAAUGUAUACAAUAAUAUUA